UUCUUUCUUAUAAUCUCUCCCUCGAUCGGCUACUCGUAAGUCUCGUACGUCGCCCCAGUUUUCUCCAUGCGCGCAUCCUACUCGCAGCCCCUCCUCUCCCACCACUCCACCAGCGCCGCCGCCACCAGCGACAGCAAUGGCAGCGACAACUUCUCCUCCUCCGGGGCCGCGCCGGCGGGGGCGGAGGCGCGGUUGCCGCCCAUCUCGCGGCGGCUGCACUCCUACGACGACCUGGUGCACGCCGCCGCCGCCGCCGCGCACGACGCCUACUUCAAGCGGUGCCACACGACGCCCGGCUACGUGAGCUUCGAGGACGUGAUCGGCUCGCAGGAGUUCGAGGAGAGCUCCCGCCGGCCGCCGAAGGCCGGCAUCAGCGACCCGCUCCUGCGCGCGACGUCGCGGCUGUACGCGAGGCCCCACCCCGCGCUCCACCGCCGGCGAUCGCCGGGGCCGCUCGGGACCCGGCGCGGCGGCGCGGUAUACCGCUUCGUCAAGAGGUACGUCUGCCCUUGCCUAGGGUUCGUGGCCGGCAUCAUCGGCGUGAAACAGGUUGAUCAGGUCGAGGAGGAAUAUCCAGCGUUAACUUAUUAAUUAGUUAGUCAAAUAUUCCUAUGAGUUCUUGCAUAGAUUCGCAUGCGAAAUCUAUAAAUAGCACUAGUUAGUUACUGAUUCUCAUAAUUCUUGAAUAGAUUUGCAUGCGAAAUCUAUUAUUCCCAUAAUUCUUUCAAAUAGAUUUGCAUGCGUAUUCUUGAUGAAUAGAUUUGCAUGCGAAAUCUAUAAAUAGCAGCUGGUUGCUCCAACUAGUUGUAUGACCUGUCACUCGUGGAGAGUCUUAUUGGAUGGCUUGCCACUUGUGUGGAGUCUCAUGAAAAAAAAAUCCCCUUUUUUUAUCCAUCGUCAAGUAUGGUAUUGAUUUUUUUAUCCAUCAUCAACAGUAUAAUAUUCUUUGGUUUGUUUCCAUUAUGUAUUCAUCACAAUGAUCAAAAGGUUUGUUAGUGGGGGUUGCAUCGCAUGAAUCAUGUAGUCUAGUUUGUUAGUGGGGUCCUCCGCGUCGCUCUCGCGCGUGCGGCUCGGGGGCAAAACCCUAGCCGCCCGCGCCGCCACCCCCGCCCACCCUAACCACCUCGCCGCCACCGGAGCUCGCCGCCGGAAAGCCGUGCGGCCAGUCGGGAAGGCGGCGGCGGGGCCAAGAGAACUGGCAAAGCUCUUCCUCAGCGCGGGAGGACGGAGCGGCGCGCGACGGUGGGGGGCUCCGGCGGCCGGCGACGGCAAGGGCGCGGCGGAUCCGACGCCCCUGGAAGCGGAUCCGGCGAGGGGACGCGGCGAUGCAUAGGCGGCGGUGGAGGAUGGCCGCGGGAGGGAGGUGGUGGCGACGGUGGCGAUGGGGCGGCGCGUCGUCUUCGGCUAGGACGCGGCGGCGGCGACUCAUCCCGGCGUGGAGGCGGCGGAUCCGGCGCUGCCCCCGCCGGAUCCGGCCGGAGACGGCAGUCGGAGGGGAGAGGAGCGGAUGCGGCGCGCGCAAGGAGCGCGGAGGGGCGGCCGGCGGCUGUGGACGCCGGCGCUCGCAGAGGCGCGGCCGCGGCGGUGGAGGCCAGCGCUCGCGGAGGCACGGCUGGCAGCGGGGGAGGCCGCGUUCCCGGAGGUGUGGCCGGCGACGGCGGAGGCUGGCUCGCGCGCGAGGGGCAGCCGGCGACGGCGGAGAGCGGUGCAGCGCAACGAGGAGCAGCGGAGGACAACACUGGUGAGGUGGCGGCUGGCGGCAGGGAGAAGUCGGCGACGGGGCUCGAGAUGGCGACAGGCAGGGGCGGCGUCGCGGUGGGCGGGCAGCGGCGGCUCGCUCGCGCCUGUCGCGGCGUUGGCCUCGGCGUCGUCCGCGCGGGGCCACGGCGCUAGCGCUGCGCAGGCAGAGGCUGUGGCGGCGUGGUGGUCGCAACGACAACGGUGCUGCGGCGGCGCUUACGUCGAGCCGGCUUGCGCUGUCCUAGCUGGAUCUGGCCGUCCGCGGCUGGAUCCGUCCCCUCCGCGUCGGAUGGGCGGCGAUGUGCGGAUGUGGAGUUGGCGGGACGAUGGCUUAUGCUGGCGUGAAGCAGGAAUUGGGCUUGACGUCCGCGGUGGCGACUUCCUCGUUGCCGACCGAGUCUUCUCCCUCAUUUCGGUUUCCCUCCCUUCUUUGGCCGGACCUUGUUCUGGUCGUGGGGAACGCUAGGGGGAGGGCGGAGGCUUCGGCUUGCUGUAGGAGUUGGUGGCCAAGGGUCCGUCUUUGCCGUUGGUUACGGUUGAGGUAUGGGUGCUUGUGAGACGUCAUGGACUAUUCUGUGGCCGUCAAUGUGGGGGUGCUUGUGUGGGUGAUGUGAAGAUGCUGGCGAAAGCCUUGCCGUGCCUUUGGCCGGUUCGACGACGGCGGCGCUCGUGGGCGUCAUUUCCCUUCUUGGAGGCAUUGUCAUGGCAUUCUUUCAUAUCCCCCACAAUCUCCAGAUGAAAACCUUGUUCCGGCUUUCAGACGAGCGACGGCGGCGUUACACGUCGUGUCCUCCUUGGGGGCGUCGCUUCGGAGAAGUUCCAAUGCAUCGACGACCGUUGAUGGUCUUUUUCGGUUCAAAAGCUUUCAUACCUUGUGCUCGGUGAGGCCUUUGUCUUCUUGGGUCCACUUCGUUCCUUCUGGUGGGGUGCUGGCCGCGUGAAGGAAGUGGCUUCUCGAUGGCUUGGCUGAUGUCUAUUGUUGGAUGUCGGAGCUGCUUUUCGCUUUGGCGACUUUCGUGUCUUCA